CCCCCUCCUCAGCCCCAGCACUUUGACAGGCAGCAAACUUUCUCCGUCUGCGGCUGUUGGCGCUGCGGAUCCGGACUGGUGCUCGACGCUUCUGGAGGAUUGCGGUGCUCCCGGGAUGGAUUAAGAAGCCGCCAUGGUGGUGAAUUCCGUCCACUGGUUCCGCAAAGGUCUGCGCCUGCACGACAACCCGGCGCUGCAGGAGGCCCUGAGCGGAGCCGACACGGUGCGCUGUGUUUACAUCCUGGACCCGUGGUUCGCUGGAGCCGCCAACGUUGGGAUCAACCGAUGGAGGUUUCUGCUGGAGGCCCUGGAGGACCUGGACUGCAGCCUGAAGAAGCUCAACUCCAGAUUGUUUGUUGUCCGAGGACAGCCCACAGAUGUUUUCCCCCGACUUUUCAAGGAGUGGAAAAUGACCCGCUUGACCUUCGAGUAUGACCCGGAGCCGUAUGGCAAGGAACGCGACAACGCCAUUAUCAAGAUGGCUCAGGAGUUUGGAGUGGAGACCAUCGUCCGCAACUCCCACACACUCUACAACCUGGAUCGGAUCAUAGAGACCAACAACAACAGUCCGCCUCUGACCUUUAAGCGCUUCCAGACCAUCGUGAGCCGGUUGGAGUUGCCCCGGAGACCACUGCCCACCAUCACUCAGCUGCAGAUGGACAAAUGUCGCACAAAGAUCGCUGACAAUCACGAACAGCUCUACAGCAUCCCGUCGCUGGAGGAGCUAGGUUUCAGAAUGGAAGGUUUGUCCCCGGCUGUGUGGCAUGGAGGCGAGUCAGAGGCUCUGGACCGACUCAACAAACACCUGGACAAAAAGGUCUGGGUCGCCAACAUCGAGCAUCCCCGGGUCAACAGGUGCUCUCUGUACGCCAGUCCCACCGGCCUCAGUCCGUACCUGCGCUUCGGCUGUCUGUCCUGCAGAGUCCUGUACUACAACCUGAGGGAACUGUACAUGAAGCUGCGCAAACGCAACAGCCCCCCUCUGUCCCUGUUCGGGCAGCUCUUGUGGAGGGAGUUCUUCUACACUGCUGCCACCAACAAUCCAAACUUCGACCGCAUGGAGGGAAACCCCAUCUGCGUCCAGAUCCCGUGGGAUCAGAACCCUGAAGCACUGGCCAAAUGGGCUGAGGGACGGACCGGGUUCCCCUGGAUCGAUGCCAUCAUGACCCAGCUGAGACAGGAGGGAUGGAUCCACCACCUGGCCCGGCAUGCUGUGGCCUGCUUCCUCACCCGGGGCGACCUCUGGAUCAGCUGGGAGAGCGGCAUGAAGGUGUUCGAGGAGCUGCUGCUGGACGCCGACUGGAGCGUGAACGCAGGCAGCUGGAUGUGGCUGUCCUGCAGCGCCUUCUUCCAGCAGUUCUUCCACUGCUACUGUCCCGUGGGCUUCGGCAGGAGGACGGACCCCACGGGAGAUUACAUCAGACGCUACGUGCCCGUCCUCAGGGACUUCCCCAACCGCUACAUCUACGAGCCCUGGAACGCCCCCGAGUCUGUGCAGAAGUCGGCCAACUGCGUGGUGGGAGUGGACUACCCCAAACCCAUGAUCAACCACGCGGAGGGCAGCCGGCUCAACAUCGAGCGGAUGAAGCAGGUCUACCAACAGCUGUCCCACUACAGAGGACUCAGUUUGCUGGCGUCGGUGCCCACCAUCCAGGAGGAGGCAGAACCUCCCAUGACCGACGAGUCGCAGACCAGCAGUGGACCAGACUCUCCCCGGAGGGAUCUGGCCGAAGAAGCGGGCGGCUCCUUCACACCUCCGGAUUCUUCCACCAGCGCUCUUCAUCCGGAGCAGGAGAUGCAGCAGAGCCCCGUCGUGGGCUCGCACCCGCAGCUCCCUGGACCUGUCACCUCCACCUCACCCAGCCUCUCCAAACCCUCGUCCCCCUCCUUGUCCUGCCACAGCAUGUGUGUGUCCCCCAGCUCCUCCUCCUCCUCCUCGUCCCUGGGCCAGAGGAGGAAGGGCUUCACCCGGAAGGUGCGACGCAGCCACAGGCCGCGAGGACGACAGAGCGGCACCGUAGCAGCCAGAGAGGAGGAGAAGACGGAGGUGAUGGAGGAGGAGGAGGAGGAGGAGGACAGGGAUCUGGAGGAGAGGAUGGAAGAGGAGACAGGCCUUGAGCACUGACCACAGAAUCAGCCCUCAUUUGAGAAGGGUGGGCCGAGACUCUGGACCCACGAGUGGUGGACUGGUCUGCAGCUGCAGGGACGUGUUUGAGGCUUCUCUGUGAGACAUGGGGCUCCACAGGGUCACGCACGCACACACACACACUCUGCCGAUGCCAGCGACCAAGCACCAAGACUGUUCGUCCGUCGCACCUCCAGAUUCUACCCAGUCAGCCGUGACAUUAU